AUGUUCAUGCAUGGAUUGUACCUCAGCAGUGACGAUUGUCUCGUACCUGGACCUGGGAAGGCACAUUGCUAUGUCUAUUCCGACAAUUGUUACGAUGUGUGGGCACCAAAUGUUCGAGGUAACGUGUACAGUCGCAACCACACUCGAUUUAAUCCAGAUACAAAUUCAGAAUUCUGGGAUUUCUCAAUUGACGAAAUGGCAAUGUAUGAUCUGCCAGCGGUCAUCGAUUACGUAUUAAAAGAAACGAGUGAAACUCAGCUAUCAUACGUAGCUCACUCACAAGGAGUUGCCUUAUUAUUGAUUCUUUGCUCUAAAGUUCCUGAAUACAACGAUAAAAUUAAAGUUGGGUUCGGGCUAUCCGCGACAGCGUGGUUAGACCAUGCUCGAUUUAUUGUUGUACAAAUCCAAGGUCUACUAGAUCCAAUUCUAACAUUGUCCGGUAGUUUACUCAAUGUAGAAAUCCUGCCUCGUAGUGGAGUAAUACAAUUUUCAUUUAAAUUAUUAUGUGGACUCACAAAACUCGCCUAUCCACUAUGCUCAGAUAUAAUCUUCGUAUUUUUAGGAUACGACAAGUAUCAGAUUACCAGUGAUGUACUUCCAGUUGUAAUAGGUCAUUUUUAUUCAGGUACAUCACUCAAAAAUUUUAAUAGAUGGGGCCAAAUAAAAAACAAUGGCUUCUCUGAAUACGACUAUGGGACAAAGAAAAACUUAGACAUAUAUGGUCAACCGAAACCCCCGUUAUACAAACUGAGCAAAGUCACCAUGAAAUGGAUAAUGAUUGGAAGCUUUAACGAUUAUUUAGGCGACGUAAGAGAUGUGCAAAAGCUGGUAUCGAAUUUGCCAGAUGCAUCUCUUUGUGUACUUUCAGAUAAAACUUUUGGUCAUUUAGAUUUCAUUUAUGCUAAAGAUAUACCAAACUAUAUCACCCCUGUUGUUUUGUCGUAUUUAAAAACAGGUACCUACCAGUGCCCAUAA